AUGGAUUCAAACUCUGCACACAAUCCUGUGUUUCUUGUAUUUCCUCCGGAGAUCACUGUUUCCAAGUUUCAGUCACCAGAGUUUAUAGCCACAACCUAUGAAUCCAGCGGCCCUUUUCCAAAAUCACUUACCACAAAAAUGAAAACCUUAGGGGCUAUCCAGAUCCUGUUUGGACUGCUGAACUUUUUCUUUGGAGUUGUUUUCCUUUUUACCCUUGAAAACCCAUACCCAAGGUUCCCCUUUAUAUUUAUUUCAGGAUAUCCAUUCUGGAGCUCUGUUUUGUUCAUUAAUUCUGGAGCCUUCCUAGUUGCACUGGAAAGAAAACCCACAGGAAGCCUGGUGAAGACAACCCAAGCAAUGAAUUCUCUUAGUGCCUUGGCAGCAACAGCUGGAAUUAUUCUCAUCGCACUUGGUCUCGUUCUAGAUCAAAACUAUUUUUGUGGCCAUGAAGACACAAAUAGCCGGUGCCGGGCCAUUAAUACCCUAUUCAUUGGAAUUUUGAUUAUGUUGAUGGCCUUCAGCGUUAUUGAAUUAUUCAUCUCUCUGUCUUUCUCAAUUCUGAAGAGAUGCUUUUAUUGUUGCAACUGUGACUAA